UAAUAAGCCAAUUAGAUACCUCAACAUCAUCAACCCUCUCUUUCUCUUUCUGUCUCCCUAUCUCCCUCACUUCCCGUUCGACUCAAUACUCAAUCCCCGGCAGCACAGGCACAGCUCCCCCCGUCCAAAUCCAAUCCAAUGUCGUCGCCCAUGGCGUCAAGAGCUAGUGCUAGCUUAGGUGCUGGUGCUCUCUCCCAUAAUAACUUUAAGAGCUGGUGCUCCACUAACUUCGUCUUCUACACCACCUGGUACGGCCCGCCGUCUCCCGCCCAUCAACAUCAAGAAGAAGACCCGGCCACACUCUCUGCGCUCUCAGAGGCCAUCAAGACUUCCUUCUCUGUGGCUGAGGCUGACCCCCUCCUGGCCCUGCCCUCCCCCUCCUACUCCCACUCCCACUCCCUGCUGAAGCUUCUCCCUUCCCUCACCCCUCACCACAUCAUCGAUCUCAUCAACCUCAAUCCUCACAACCUCCCGCCCUUCUCUCUUCUCUCCUUCCUCAACUACCUCUCCUCAUCCUCUCACCCCACUGUUCGCCUCUCCCCUCUCACUUACUGCACCAUGGCCCAUUCCCUCUCCUCUCACCUGAUGUUCCCUCAUGCCCAGUCCCUCCUCAACUUCCUCGUCUCCCGCAAGGGCAACAACUCCGCUUCCUCACUCUUUCACUCCCUUCUCCGCUCCAGACCCCGAUCCCCCUCCAGUCCUCCUCGCUCCGCUUUCGUAUUCGAAGCGUUGAUCGUCGCCUACACGGAUUUCGGUCUCCUGCCCGAUGCGAUUCAGUCCUUCAGGCUGUCGAAAAAGCACAACCUCCCGAUCCCGUUUCGGGCUUGCAGGCACUUGCUCGAUCGGAUGUUGAAGACUAGCUCCCCUGAAGCAGCGUCCGAGUUUCAUAAGGAGAUCCUGGACUCUGGGUAUCCACCCAGUGUCUACUCUUUCAAUCUUCUGAUGCAUAGAUUCUGCAAAGUGGGUAAGACCAAGAACGCCCAGAUUCUGUUUGAUGGAAUGGCGGAGUGGGGUCUGGCUCCUACUGCCGUUAGUUUCAACACUUUGAUCAGCGGAUAUUGUAGAGCUGGAGAUCUCGAGGAGGCUCUCAGAUUAAAGGGAGUUAUGGAGGAGAGGGGAGUGUGCCCCGAUGUGUUCACCUUCACUGGCUUGAUCAGUGGUAUGUGCAAGGAGAGCAGGCUGGACGACGCAAACCAGCUGUUCCAAGAAAUGCGCGACAGAGAUUUAGCCCCAAGUGACGUUACGUUCACUGCUCUGAUUGAUGGGCACUGCAAGAAUGGUCGGAUCCCCUUUGCUCUCGACAUUUAUCAGCAAAUGCUGAGGGCUGGUCUGGGUCCUGAUCUAGUUACUUACAAUACGCUCAUCAAUGGCCAUUGCAGGGCGGGAGACCUAAAAUCGGCAAGGAAGCUUGUCGGCGAAAUGAUUGUAAUGGGAUUGAAGCCCGACAAGAUCACAUACACCACUCUUAUUGAUGGUUGCUGCAGAGAGGGAGACAUAGAAUCUGCCUUGAAGUAUGGGCAGCAAAUGGUCGGGGAAGGGAUUGAAUUCGAUCACGUGGCAUUUACAGCCCUUAUAUCUGGGCUCUGUAGAGAAGGCCAAAUUGUGGAUGCUGAAAGAACGCUUAGAGAGAUGCUAAAGGCCGGGAUAGAGCCUGACAAUGCAACGUACACUAUGGUGAUUGACGGGUUCUGCAAGAAGGGUGACAGUAGGAUGGGCAUGAAGAUACUCAAGGAGAUGCAGCGUGACGGGCAUAAACCGGGAGUCGUGACAUAUAAUGCGCUCAUGAAUGGAUUUUGCAAGCAGGGUCAGAUGAAGAAUGCCGGUAUGCUCUUGGAUGCUAUGCUGAAUGUAGGGGUGGUCCCUGAUGACAUUACGUACAACAUUUUAUUAGAAGGGCAGCGCAAGCAUGGAAACUCGAUCAAUUUUGAUAAACUAAUAAGGAAUGAGAAGGGGGUCGUUCAAGACUAUGCUUCUUACACUGCAUUGGUAAAUGAGCUGAGGAAAAGUUCGAGAUCGCACAGGACUCGAUGACCGUUGAUAUCUCAUCUCAGAGAAGUAGUUUUUGCCUUAAAUGGAUGAACAGAGUGGUAAUCACCGAGUUCAGAUAAGAGUUGGUUGGAGAAACUCAAGGAAUACGGCGUGGCGUCUCCUGUCAGCAGCAUUCUGAUGUGCUGUAAUUCAUUCAGGGUCAGAUGGGAAGUUGCGACGGCACAUGCCCUGCUUGAUGGGAGAUUUUCCUUGACGAAUGGUGCAUGGGUGACAUUGAAGGCUGAGUGGUUCCAAUUCCAAACUCUUUCCUGGAUCUGGGAAGCAAAACUAAACACAUACGUGAAGGAAAGACAGCGCGGAAUGGCGAGUUAACGGAAUUAGAAUUCUUCAACCCCCAUCCAGAAGUGAAUAGUGGGUGCAUCAGUUGCAGUUGCAAAAUGGAGCAUGAUCUAAUAUUCAUGUUACACAAAGCUGCAGCGCACGAGCUCUUGUCAGUUUGUCAGAAAGACUAUAGAUAGUGACCGAGCUAGAGCAUGGCAUAUAUUAAAUUAUAUAAUUUAUUAAAAAUAAAUACAAUAACAGAGUAGUCCAUGUCAUCUAAAUAAUAACAGAGUAGGACACGACCUGGAUCGCGUCAGUUUGGAUUCGGCCCAAUUAGGCCUGGUGGGAUCCGAACUGAUUGUGGAUGAUAGAGGGGGCUGCACUCGAAACAUCUCGGCCUCUCCCUCUUUUGUUCUCUUGUUGCAGGUGCCUUCCCUGGCAUGCCGAAUUGGUCGGCUCCUGGUAUGCUACUAGCUAGAUUGAUUGGCUCCUUGGCGCCUUUCUUGGCUUCGCUGGAUUGGUUGGUGCCGCUUGUCUUCCUCGGCCUGGAUUAUUGGUCUAAUUUGGUGGCCCGACUUCGUGAUUGGUUCACAGAGCACGAGGAUCUUUUCCUUGUUUACCGGGGUCCAUGCGUAACGGCAGAGGAUUUUGAUCGGAAUUUCGGAUAGCUACUAUUUUAUUUUUCACCUCUAUUCCUCUGUGUAGUAUGGGAGAUCCAAUUAUUUAUGAUCUAAUAUUCAUUUUCUUAUGCAUUUUACCUUGUACUCUUGUCGUAUAAUUUUUUUUUUUGAGAGAGAGAGAGGGAGGGAGGGACCCCUACUACUACGCCCCUACAAAAUGUUUUCCUACUAGGAAAAUAAUUACGAAACAUUGUUCUUUGAAUCAGUCAAUAGCAUGUAUAUUUCAGUUGA